UCGCUCCGGGCCCCCGCCCUGCCCGGGCCCCCGCGCCUCCCCGCGCUCCUCCCCCGCGCCUCGGCUCUGCGCUGAGGUUGCGGCUCCGCCGGGCAGGCGCGCGGGGACCCAGGCGGCGGCGGCGGCGGCCACCGGGUGCAGCGGGUCCGGCGCGGGGAGCCGGGCUCAGCCCCGGCCUGCACCAGCCGCGGCCCUAGCCCACUGAGGCCGGCCUGGGGGGCCCGCAGGGCGCGCGGAGCGCCGAGUGCGCGUGGGGCUGGGCCCCGCACCCCGGCACAGGAGCGCGGGCGCGGCGCGGCGGAGCGCGGGGCAUGGAGCCGGCCCGGGAGCCCCCCGCACGCACCCGGCCGCCGCCGCCUCCCGCCGUUCGCCCUGCGCCAGCCCCUGCCGCCCCCAGGCCGCGCUCGCCCGCCGAGGCGGAGGGCCGCGGUCCAGAGGGGCUGCUGCGGCGAUCCGGGUCGGGCUAUGAGGGCAGCACCAGCUGGAAAGCGGCCUUGGAGGACACCACCACGCGUCUCCUGCUGGGGGCCAUCGCAGUGCUUCUGUUCGCCAUCCUGGUGGUGAUGAGCAUCUUGGCCUCCAAGGGCUGCAUCAAGUGCGAAGCGCCCUGCCCGGAGGACUGGCUGCUAUAUGGAAGGAAAUGCUACUUCUUCUCGGAGGAACCGAGAGACUGGAACACGGGCCGGCAGUACUGCCACAGCCACGAGGCGGCACUUGCUGUGAUCCAGAGUCAGAAAGAGCUGGAAUUCAUGUUCAAGUUCACACGGAGGGAGCCCUGGAUCGGCCUGCGCAGAGUGGGGGACGAAUUCCACUGGGUCAAUGGGGACCCGUUUGACCCGGACACGUUCCCCAUUGCGGGCCCGGGGGAGUGCGUCUUCGUGGAGCCCACCAGGCUGGUGUCGACAGACUGCCUGAUGACCCGGCCCUGGGUGUGCAGCAAGAUGGCCUACACGUGAGGUCCAGCUCGCGCUCCCUGGGACUGCUUCCGGGUCAGCAGCAGCCCUCGGUGACCACGCUCUCCCCCAGCACUUGCGGCACCGAAGACUGAGCCUCUCACAUGGCCGAGAGUGUGGAACUUCUCAUCUGUGACGCAUCUCUUCACUCAUCUGACCGCUCUUGUCUGAUUAUAAGCCUCUGAGUAGCAGGGAUUAUGGCUGUUAUGUGUAGCACACAUAACAUAUGCUCAAAAAAAUUGUUAGUGGUGACAAUAAGAUUGCUGGCGAGUGUCAUCUCUUCCCCCGUUGCCAUUGGGACAGACAGCAGUGGCCGGCUGUCUGUCAGAGACUUGUCUUUUAGGCUUUGGUGGGCGUGGCAUGACUUUAGAGGUCCGGCCAGGAUGAGAUCUUUCAUUUGUUUUGCCUCAGUUAAGUGAGCUCACUCACAUUCCCUAAGCACGUACAUACUGGGCGGCCUGAGGGGGGUGGCCUGGAGCACGUGAGCGAGAGGGAGAAGUCCCUCCACCUCUAAGAUGUUCUUUGCAUCGUCCACAGAGGACCAAGAGACCAGGCCCAGGGAGGGCUUCCAGCAGUGACUGGGGUUGGCUGCCGAAGAUUCCUGUGAUCUCCAGGAUAUUUAUGCUAAUGUCGCUCUGUUCUGUGUGUGAAAGACCACUUGGUUUUCAGAAAUGUCCACUGUCAGCUGUGUACUUACACCAGGAGGGGGUGAAGAACUUCAAACUGGGAGCAAGUACGAGGUUCACACAGGGGGGCAUCCGGCAAACUUCCUGCCAUACCCAUCAGAGAUACACUCUCAGCCUGGAAGGGACGUGCUUCCUCUUGGCUCUGGAGACCUGCUGGAGUCUAGUAUGGGACUGUCUCUACCGAUGAGCAGGCGUGCAGCUCAGACUGCUGUGCUCAACCUCCCAGACCCCAGGCUUUAUUUACUUCUAAUAAAGUAGAAAUCGUGCCUGCCUGGCCUACCUCACAGGAUUAUGAGAACUGUAGAUGUUAGAAUUCCAGGGAUAAAAAAUGAUUGACCCUAUUCUCACUAUCCAUGAGGCCCAGAGAGGGUUAAAUAACAUGUCCAAGGUUGUGCAUCUAGUGGCAGAGCUAGACUUCAGGUCUUGUGGCUCCUCUCUUGCUUGUUGAUCCUCUUAUUGCACGUAUCAUGCUUUAUUUGUUCACUUGUUCACCAUCCAUGCAGAAGUGUAAGCCCCUAGAGGGUGGGGAUCCACUCUCAUGCUCCUUUGUUUCUCUAGAGCCUGGUGCAUACUAAAGGAGCUCAAUAAAUGUAUGCUGAACUGAUCUUGACUCCUAGUUCACCUGCUCCUUCCCUCUAUACCAUGCCGUCUCUUAUCUCGGAAAUCUGCACUGCUAGUCCAGCUACCCACAGAAAGUAUGAAAACUUGCAGAUGUUUUAGAGAAAGAGAUAAGAUGCUCAACCACCUUGCAAUGUUGAUUAGCAUCUUUUAAAGCACAGAAUCCAUUUGAACAAAGACAUACACAUCUAAGACAAAAUUAGAAUAAUAACAAUGAACACUAAUUAAGAGCUUAUAAUAAGGCCAGGCAUUGUGCGAAGCACUUCACACACAUAGUAAGUGCUUAAUGAAAAGUUAUUAUCUUUUUUUACUAUGAUGUAAGUUGAGUAGGGGAUUGGAAUAUGCUAGCUUCUGUAAUACCUGCAUUUCAGAGGCUUACCCGAGUAAAGAUUCCUUUGUGGCUCACACCGCAGACUAAUGCAGGUCAACCAUAUGGAAAAGCGUUGCUGCAUCCAGGGCCUUGGAACAUAGAGGCUCACACAGAAUGUGUUUUGGGGAUGUGGUAGAUGAGGCUACCAGGUACCAAUUUUCCCUUUCCUUUCCUUCUGGGUAUGUAGAAGGACUGUAUUUCUGGGCCUGUUUGAAGGUGGGUGUCAGGUGACACCAGAGCUUUAGCCAUGGCAAGGUGACAUGUCAUUUCCUGGUGGAAACAUUUAAGAACCAGUGUACACCCCUCCAUAUUCUAUACUGCCCCCUCCUCCACUGCCAGUCAUAAUUUUUCUAUUUGGAGGCUUCCUAAGACUGAAGCAUGCUGAAAUGAUAAGUCAGUAUGUGGAGAAUGGGUUCCCUGGAGGGUGUCUGAAUCUGCAGCAGACUGUGUAAGUGAGAAAGCCUCUGAGAUUUUGGGUUUGUUGUGAUCAUAGCAUAUCUUACCCUAGACUAGACAGGGGCCUGGAGGUGGCACACGUUCCAUCCACAGUUCAUUGACCAGGAAGGUUGUGGGAGGCUGAGAAAUAUCUUUCAGCUG